AUGCAAUUGUUCUCCUUUUUCAACUCAUUUCUUUCGCUAUUGAUAGUUUUGAGUGUCUCUGGCAGUGAAGACGAAGAAGAAGCGAUGAAUGCACACAAAACAAUCUAUGAAUUUGUGGUCAAAGAUGCUGAUGGAAACGAGGUUUCUAUGGAGAAAUACAGAGGUCAAGUGUUGAUUGUUGUCAAUGUUGCAAGCAAAUGUGGUUUCACUCACUCGAAUUACAAACAGUUAAAGCAACUCUCUGAUAACUAUUAUGAUAUGGGACUCCGGGUGGCUGCUUUUCCGUGUAAUCAAUUUGGAGGACAAGAACCGGGAUGUGAAUUGGAUGUGCGAAUGUUCGUCAAGGACACCUAUGAGUAUGAGCCCGAUUUGUACGCGAAAAUCAAUGUGAAUGGGCAACAAGCCGAUCCAUUGUAUACUUAUCUCAAAAAAGAACAAGGAGGGACGUUGAUUGAUGCAAUCAAAUGGAAUUUCACUAAAUUUCUCAUCAAUCGACGGGGUCAAGUUGUGAAAAGAUACGCUCCAACGACGGAACCCUCAAAAAUGGAAGCUGACAUUGAAAAACUCUUGAGUGAGAGUGAAAAUUUG